AUGGACAUUAUCUCAGGACAAGCUCUACUUCUCCUCUUUUGCUUAAUCUUAUCAUGUGUCCUUAUCUUCUCCACCAUAAGAUCCAAACGGAAGUCUCCUCCAGCUUCCAAGCUGCCUCCGGGACCUCCGCGGUUACCAAUCAUCGGAAACAUUCACCAAGUCGGCAAAAACCCCCACCACUCAUUCGCAGACCUCUCAAAAACUUACGGACCAAUCAUGAGUCUUAAAUUUGGAAGUUUAAACACAGUGAUUGUAACUUCACCGGAAGGUGCAAGAGAGGUUUUAAGAACACACGACCAAAUCUUGUCUGGCCGUAAAGCCACUAACGCCAUACGGUGCAUCAAUCACCAGGAGGCUUCUCUUAUCUGGCUUCCUUCUUCGUCGGCUCGUUGGAGGCUGUUUAGAAAACUGACGGCGAAUCAUCUGGUCUCGCCGCAGCGUCUCGAAGCCACUAAAGCUCUUCGGAUGGAGAAGGUGCAGGAGCUUCUGAGCUUCAUGAAUGAAAGUAGCAAGAGAGAAGAAGCUGUUGAUAUAUCUCUUGCAACUUUCGUCACAGCUCUUAAUGUCACAUCGAACAUUCUGUUUUCGGCGGAUAUGGGUAGCUACGACUCGAAGAAGUCUAAUGGGUUUCAGGACACUGUGACUGGUAUCAUGGAAGCUGUUGGUAGUCCAGACGCUGCUAACUACUUUCCAUUUAUGGGGUUUCUUGACCUGCAAGGUAACAGAAAGAAGAUGAAGGACUGCUGUGACGAGUUGAUCAGGGUUUUCCGUACAUUCUUCGAUGCUAAAAUAGCGGAAAAAUCAUUACAUAAUAACCCUAAAGACGUCUCGGACAGAGAUUUCGUGGAUGUGCUUCUAGAUCUCACCGAAGGAGAUGAAGCAGAGCUCACUACUUACGAUAUUGAACACAUUCUCUUGGACCUGUUUACAGCGGGCACGGACACAAACUCUAGUACCGUGGAAUGGGCAUUGUCAGAGUUACUUCGAAACCCUAAAACAAUGGCGAAAGUUCAAGAAGAGAUCGAUCGUGUGAUUGGUCAAAAAGGUGGUGUUGAAGAAUCUGAUAUCUCGGAACUGCCGUAUUUAGCAGCGGUUGUGAAGGAAACUUUCCGGUUACAUCCAGCUGCUCCGCUUCUGGUGCCGCGAAAAGCAGAAGCUGACGUAGAGGUUCUUGGAUUCAUGGUGCCUAAAGACACUCAGGUUCUGGUGAACGUGUGGGCCAUAGGACGUGACCCAAACGUGUGGGAGAAUCCGACCCGGUUCGAGCCAGAGAGGUUUUUGGGGAAAGAUACUGAUGUAAAAGGCAGAGAUUAUGAGCUAACACCGUUUGGAGCUGGACGUAGAAUGUGUCCGGGAUUACCUUUGGCUAUGAAGAUGGUGCCUCUCAUGCUUGCUUCUCUUCUCUAUUCAUUUGACUGGAAGUUUCCAAACGGCGCCGUUUCUGAGGACCUGGAUAUGGACGAGAGCUUCGGUAUCACAUUGCGUAAAACCAAUACGUUACACGUCGUUCCGGUCAAGAAACGCGCCAUCAAUUAG